AUGGACAUAGUACUCUCUCCAGCUGAGCACUUGUGCUACGUGCGUUGCACCUACUGCAACACUGUUCUUGCGGUUGGGGUUCCAUGCAAGAGGAUGAUGGACACAAUGACUGUGAAGUGUGGCCACUGCAACCAUCUCUCCUUUCUUAGCCCCAGACCCAUCACGCGACACUUAAGUCUCACUGAACAUUCAAUGAGCCAGCUUCAGGGGCCUUGCUCUGAUUGCCUGAGGGUUUCACUGGCGCCGGCGUGGUUCUCCGGUGAACCAAUGAUCCAAAAGCCACCCUUUGUUGUGAAACCUCCUGAGAAGAAACACAGGAUGCCUUCUGCUUACAAUCGCUUCAUGAAGAAACUGUUUAUGUGCCAUGAAAGGGAGGAAAUUCAGAGAAUCAAAGCCAUUCGACCCGAUAUUCCGCACCGAGAAGCCUUCAGCAUGGCGGCAAAGAAUUGGGCCAAGUGCGAUCCUCCCUGCUCAACAAUAUCUUCUACCUCUGAGAGCAAGAAGCUAGCUCCCAUUUCAGAACUGAAAAGAAACAACAGUGACUAUACCAGAACGGAGAGCUCCAAAGUUCACAAUCACAUAGAAAAGAAGGACUAGGUUCCAAUCCACAUCUACAUGGAGCUAGCUAGGU